CGGGCAGCGCCCGAGCCCAGGCAGCCCCGCCCGCCGCGCCCCGCCCAGCCCAUGGGCCACGGGCCCCCGCCGCCGCCCGCCGGGAGGACCGAGCCUAACAGGGCAGCCGCCUGAAGGAACGCGACGGCGGCGCCCGCAGUGCAGUGAUCACACCCUUGAGAAGCCAGGCAGAGCCAACUGAAAGGCAUCGUGGGGCAUGCACAUAGCAGCUGCUUGCGAAGAUGGAAGCUGCCUCACACUCCCCCACAACCAGCAAGGGCAAUGGCCGCCAGUAUUUUUCAGUGCUGUUCAAGCGUCUUGAAUUACUCUGGUAGCUUUUCCAGAAAGACCCAUGACUUCACCACAUUUCUCGAGUUACGAUGAAGGUCCCCUGGAUGUCAGCAUGGCAGCCACAAACCUGGAGAACCAGCUGCACAGCGCACAGAAGAACCUCCUGUUCCUUCAGCGGGAGCAUGCCAGCACACUCAAGGGGCUGCACUCCGAGAUCAGGCGGCUGCAGCAGCACUGCACAGAUUUAACAUAUGAGCUGACGGUCAAAAGUUCGGAACAGACAGGAGACGGGACUUCUAGAAGCAGUGAAUUAAAGAAAAGAUGUGAAGAGCUGGAAGCCCAACUGAAAGUGAAAGAGAACGAAAAUGCUGAGUUGUUGAAAGAACUGGAGCAGAAGAACGCGAUGAUCACAGUGCUGGAGAACACCAUCAAGGAGCGGGAGAAGAAGUACCUGGAGGAGCUGAAGGCCAAGAGUCACAAGCUGACCCUGCUGUCUAGCGAGCUGGAGCAGCGGGCCAGCACCAUCGCCUACCUGACCUCCCAGCUGCACGCCGCCAAGAAGAAGCUCAUGAGCUCCAGUGGGACCUCAGAUGCCAGCCCGUCAGGGAGCCCCGUGCUGGCCAGCUACAAGCCAGCGCCCCCCAAAGACAAGCUACCCGAAACGCCUCGCCGCCGCAUGAAAAAGAGCCUCUCAGCCCCCUUGCACCCAGAAUUUGAAGAGGUCUACAGAUUCGGGGCAGAGAGCAGGAAACUCCUUUUGCGGGAACCAGUGGAUGCUAUGCCCGACCCCACCCCAUUUCUGCUGGCUAGGGAGUCCACCGAGGUCCACCUCAUCAAAGAGAGGCCCCUCGUCAUCCCCCCCAUCGCCUCCGACCGAAGCAGCGAGCAGCACAGCCCGGCCCGCGAAAAGCCGCACAAGGCCCAUGUCGGGGUGGCGCAUCGGAUCCACCACGCCACCCCGCCUCAGGCCCAGCCCGAGGUGAAGACGCUGGCGGUCGACCAGGUGAACGGAGGAAAGGUGGUGAGGAAGCACUCAGGGACGGACAGAACUGUGUGAAGCCCGCCGGGCCCCACCCCGCGCUGUCCAUGCACUGUGAGCACCACUGGGAAAUCUCAGCCACACCUUUUCUGUUUAGUUCCCAUGCAUGCCAAACACUUCACACCUACCGGCCCGUUCUCCUUCUGCUUCUCUUGCCUUCUUCACACCAAAACAUGAUCGUGUCCCUGCUGCAGAAUACGUAUUUCCUAACUGCUGUGGCCAAACGCCUGUGUGCCGAAUCGCUUGCUUCGGAUCCCGCUCCGUGUAACCUAAGUGCGCUGCGGGCAAAGCCCAGGCCACGGCUGCAUCACUACUGAUGUUCACGAUGCCACACAGUCACACACCUAGUUAAUUCUCAAGUCGGAGCAACACACACCAACCUUGACCUUAUCCUCAGGCUCCAGGGCAGCCUGGCCGAGCAGCCCCUGCACCCUCCUGGAGACCCUUGUCACCUCCCGAGCUCCUCCUGGAGACCCCUGUCACCUCCCGAGCUCCUCCUGGAGACCCCUGUCACCUCCUGACCAACCUUUCCCAGGGCGGCACCGAUCACCGAGCAGCCGUGCGUGUAUCUCAAGGAACUAAAUAAGAUGACGCUACUCCUCAUAGCACCACAACCUGAAUGUGUGCUCAUACUUUUUUGUUAGUUUUAUCCAAAAUGUUUAAGAUCCCAACAAACUUUAUUUUCUAAACCUG